CUCGAGUACAGGCCUCUGCUUGUGUGAUAUUGUAUCGAUAUACUGGUGCUACCGAGUACGAGACUUCAAAUUUCGCAGACCAUCUCAAAUUAUCAAACACUUGAAGAGGUGGGAGCAGUUUGGGAGGAACAGCAUGCAUCCUUUCGCAAUCUAGAGAAGAAUUGCUACCUCGCUUACCUGUAUGCAAUGGAUCGGGUGAGAAUGUGGUGCAUCUGCAAUGAAGCUCUCGGCAUGCAGGUAGCCGACAGCAGCUCUUGUUUGUUGAGACAGACAAAUGAAGGGAAGAUAACACUGUAGCCUGCGACGCGCCUUCCAUUUAAUUCUUCCCGUUCUCGCCGCGAAGCUCUCACAACUUCUUCUCUGUUCACACACUUUAGCCCCAUCACUUUCAUCACACAUCGCGCCCUCUCUUCGCAAUCAUGGGAGCUUGGGGUUAUGAUCUGUUCCAGUCGGAUGACGACCUUGACACCAUCUGUCUGCUUGAUGAGUCUGCCGAUCUCAACAAGGUGAAGGAAAAGAUCCUGGCCGAUCCAGCCAAGUACUCCUUCAAGAAGCAGCCAACCAAAGCAAAAGAAGGCGACAGCGCCAGCGACAGUGACAUGGAUAUGGACGACAAGGAAGAUACUGCCAGUGACGAGCCCGACGACUUGUAUCUCACUCUGUACAAUUCUGAUUACCCAGACCUGCUUCAACAACAUCUUGAUAGCGGCGUCUUCAUCCGUAUGGUCAACGACCUGCGCGAUAAGGGACGCGGCAACGCCCUCUGUUUACUCACUGCCUGUGCUAUGCAGCUUGGUUGUCAUAUCCCUGAUUGGUGUCGUCAAGAGCUCGUUGCUAGCUACAAGAAAUGCCGCCUUCCCCCAGUCGGUGAGGCUCGCUUUGGCAAAGCUCUGCUUGAAUACCGCAACGGCGUCCCUUACCCCUUCAACUCUAAGGGCUUGAACCUUACCGUCAAUACUGGCAAUCCUCACUACCAGGAAUCCGAGAUCACCUGGAUGAGACUUGAAAAGGUGCCUGUCGGCGAGGAGAUCACACAGCAGAACACCACCAUCGAGCGCAUCUGGGGCGACUUCAACAGACCUGUCGACGUGUGUGGAAAUUGUGGUGCCCAGCAGUGUGAGGGCGGAAGCAACCUCAAGCGCUGCGCCGGUUGCAAGGAGAGACUCUGUUGCUCGAAAUUUUGCCAGAAGGCCCAUACUCCUAAACAUUCGGCCCUUUGCGUAGGCUUCCGCAAAGCCCGCGAGGAGCAACCCGAUGAUGCAUGCGGCAAUUGCGGUGCGAAGGAAGCAAAAGACGGAAAUGCUCUGAAGCGUUGCAGUCGUUGCAAGGAAAGAAACUAUUGCUCUGUGGAAUGCCAAAAGGAGCACUACCCUGCUCAUGCCUCAAAGUGCAAGGCCACAGCCGCCGAACCCAAGGAAAACGAGGACGGCAAUGCUGGUCGUGUUCAGGGCCUGAACGUUCUUCAGACUUGGAGAUGAGCAACUGUUGAUAGUCGAGAUUGCCGACGACUGACUCGGAUAGAGCGUUCCAUGGAAAUUCGAUGAUAUGUGGAUGGCUUCUACACAGUCUAAUGUUGCUGUUUUUCGUUUUCGUUCUGUAGCUUUGUGGAACCACAAUUAUGAUCGUC